GUUUUGUUCCCGCACCACACUCUCCAUUACACCUGAGCCGUAGGGUUUCGUUUUAGUUUUCUUGUGUGUAUGUUUUUUUAUCUGUUGCCGCCAAAGCGCACACCAGGCGAGAUGGGUUUGCCAUGCUGCCGUUUUACACACUCUGCUGCCGGCCAUCAUUGCGUCGAGAAGGACCUCGCGGUAGCUUGCGGUGCGCGUUUGCGGUUCGCUUUCGGUGUGAGUGCGUACGGCGGAGGAGUUCAGUAAGCUUUGCAAGCACGAUCAAGCGACGAACCUUGUUGCGCGCAACGAGUGCCUGAGGUGUUAGUUUCAGUUCAACCAAAACCAUUCCUCUGUACAGCCUCUAAAAACAGUGCGCAGUGUUGAAAAGGUGAAUUAUUUAUGAUCUCCCACCAACGGGUGUUUGCGUGUUAGUGAUUGAAUGUGUGUGUGUGUGUGUGUUUGUCUGUGACAAGUGUGCCAAAUAGGAUCCGCGGGUGUGGGACCCCCAAUUAAGGAGAGGAGAGUGUGUCAAAGUGUCAAUCGAACCAUCGAGUCCGUGGAGGGUGAACCCGUGUGUGCCGGCAAACGUCCGACAAGGUGCGAGCAGGAAGUGUAGGUGCGCGCGUGGGAAGAUGUUGAUUAUUUAUAAAACAUUUGACAAACCCAUACUAAUUAAUUAGUGUAUAUCCAUAGCAUUAUUACAAAGAUUAUUAUUAAAAUUGUCCAUAUUUGUGGACCAGUGCGUGCACGUGUAUGUGUAUAAGGCAAUGCGUCGUUAUUCUUUCACGUAUAUACGAUUUUAUUCAUCAUGCUUCCUCUCUAACAUUGAUCCGACCUGUGUGUGUGUGAUCUUGCUUAAAAAGUGAAUGAUCUUUGACACCUUCCCGUCCCGACCUCUUCAACACUUGUGUGCGCUAGAACAGAGGUCCUAACGAGGUGCAAAACGUUGCGUUUUUGUGUAAUUGACGCGUUGUGUGUUUGUUGGUGUGUCUGCGAGAAUUAUGAUUGUCACACUGCAGUUCUAAUCAUCCUACCGAACCGGGCUAAUAAAUUUACAGUUUUGCGAAUUGUCAUACCAAUCUCUUUGGCGGUGUGAUAAUCGGUGUGCCAAUGCUCCAAACUUGUCCAAAUUUUAUGUGCGCUUGUGUGUGUGUCUGUGUGUGUGUGUGGUCAGCAAACUGACUAGUGUGUGCUUACGCUCCCUACUGUCACUCCAAUAGGCGUGCUUUUGCCGACGGGAACUCCUCGGCACAGCGGACGACGCGGGUGCCAAACGGUGCUUAAAGAGGAGAUAAUUUUCCUAAUUGCACAAGAAACCCACCCCACACAAAAGGCGGUGAUUAACGGAAUCCAGCCAAUUUCAUCCGCGCUCUGCUUCUGAGGAUCUUGCGCGCGCGCGCGCGCACACGCGAACACAUCUCCCACGCGCAUCGUUCGCACCUCAGCACCUCAGCGGGAAGAGAAAGAGGGAAGGCUGCGGCCGUAACCAGGCUUCGAAAACCUUCUCACAAGGGCCAGCAGUUCGAUGCGAUCGGUCGAUGAGAUGGCGACGUCCCACAUACUGUCCGCCAUCGAUCCAAUUAUAACCGGGUCGGCAAACACUCCGACCGGCGGUGGAAUGAACGGUACCGAUGCCGGCUCCAUUUCGAACGGGGCCAAUACGGGUGGCGGUGGUGGCACCACGACGCUGCUGCAGUCCGGAUCGACGGUGAUGGGACGCGGUGCGGGUGAUCGAAGCCUCUCGGUAACGCUGGACGAUCGGGAUCUUUGGCUGCGGUUUCAGAACCUUACCAACGAAAUGAUCGUCACCAAGAAUGGCAGACGCAUGUUCCCGGUAGUUAAGGUGACCGCAACCGGGCUCGACCCAACCGCCAUGUACACGGUACUGCUGGAAUUUUCCCAAGUCGACUCGCAUCGCUGGAAGUACGUCAACGGCGAAUGGGUUGCUGGCGGUAAGGCGGAAGCACCACCGCCGAACCCGGUGUACGUGCACCCGGAGUCGCCCAACUUUGGCCAGCACUGGAUGAAGGAACCGAUCUCGUUCGCCAAGGUGAAGCUCACCAACAAGACGAACGGCAAUGGGCAGAUCAUGCUCAACUCGCUGCACAAGUACGAGCCGCGCGUCCACCUGGUGCAGGUCGUGUCGGAUGCGCGCGAUCAGCGCAACGUUCACACGUACCCAUUCCCAGAGACGCAGUUCAUCGCGGUGACGGCGUACCAGAACGAGGAGGUCACCUCGCUCAAGAUCAAGUACAACCCGUUCGCGAAAGCGUUCCUCGAUGCGAAGGAGCGCCCCGAUUCGGUGUACUCGCGCGAAAGCUCCACCUACGGCUGGCUCAACUUUCAUCCUUCGUACGCGACGGCCCAGUCGCCGCUGCAGGCCCAGGUCGACCGUUCCUACCAGCAUCCGCACACGGUCGCCCGAUCGAACCGGGUCGCGCCGUACACGACGCAGCGUUCGCGCAACACUAGCGGAGGGUCGUCGCCACAGCACAGCUCGUACCUGCCGCUCGAUACCGUUUCGUCACCCGUCUUCUCGUCCUACCCGUCCACCUGGCAGACGCAAACGACGGCGAGCGGGUCGUACUGGAGCAAUCCGACCGGGUCGGCGGUGCAGCAACCACUGCUCGGUACGAACCCGGGCAGUCCGAACUCGAUCGCUCCCAACAUUUCGCCAACACCCUCGAACGGGUCACCGUCGUACGCGGCUUCAUCGCCAUCGUACCCGGCAAGUCAUCCGGCGCUGACGCCACAGCAUCCGCAGUACAUUCCCGUGUCCAGUGCGCAGAUGGAAGGCAUCUACCAACCGUCCGGGUCGCCGCAGCAAAUCUACACGCCUUCCAGUCAUCAGAUUUACCAUCCAACACCGACACAAGCAUCGCCGAACCAUCAGCUGUAUGGCAAUGUGCUGAAUGCACCUUCCAUUACGAAUCUCGGGUACUCCACCUCCUGGCACAGUGCCAGUGACUUCAGUGUCUACCAAAGCACGUACCACUACCCGACGGCCGAGUACAUCCCAAUGAUAGGAGAGAUUAACACUUACAAUCAUCCCUCGGACAUCACGGAGCUGACAUCAGUCGGCCCGGCUACUCAUCGGCAUCUAGAACCGGCGGCUGCCCCGUCCCCACUGCAGUACCAUCACCAUGGGCAUCAUGUGAGCGAAAACUCAUCCACCUUGCUCCCUUCACACCAUCAUCAUCCACACCACCACCAUCAGCAGCAGCAUCAGCAGCAGCAACAGAGCCACGGAACGGCAAAUGUGCAAUGUACCGAAAAUCAAAGCCCCGAACCGGCGCCCGGAACGGUGGCAACCAGCAGUGCUGCCAGUACACUCGGCUCCUCUCCCGGAGCGGUCGGAACGGCGGGCCAGCUUUCGCACAGCCCGAACGGUCGAACGUCGCUGAAUGCGGUUGGCAGUGCCUGGACACCGUUGACACCACCACAGACGAGCAGUAUCUGAG